AGAAUAAAAAUAAAAAUAAAGCAUCGAAUGUUCUCCGUACAAUGAUAGUAUUCCCUAGGUUCUAAUCUGAAGGUGUCUCGUGUAUUUUACCUUUCGACACAAUAUUUCAGAAUGACCCAGCCUGAGAAAAACGAGCCCAUAGCCCAAGACUCUCGAGGAGACUUGGAAGCAUGCACCUCAAGAUCAGAGAGCAAUAGCGACAAUGAUUCCAAUGCUGAUCCAACAUCUGCCUUUAAGCAACUAGGCAUUCUUGACCAAUUCCUUGCCGUCUGGAUCUUCCUCGCUAUGGCGGUUGGAAUUAUCCUCGGUAAUUUUGUGCCCAACACGAGCGAAGCGUUGGACAGGGGGAAAUUCAUUGGCGUUUCCAUACCCAUCGCAAUCGGUCUCCUGGUGAUGAUGUACCCCAUCCUAUGCAAGGUCCGGUACGAGACCCUGCAUCGAUCGUUCCGCGACAAGGCACUUUGGGUCCAAAUUGCAUUCAGUAUCGUCAUCAACUGGAUUGUGGCACCUUUCUUCAUGCUGGGCUUAGCAUGGGCUUUCUUGCCAGAUGAGGCCGGCCUUAGACAAGGACUGAUCCUGGUUGGUAUUGCACGGUGUAUUGCAAUGGUUCUCGUCUGGACGGGCCUGGCAGGGGGAGAUAACGAAUAUUGCGCAAUUCUCGUCGCCAUCAAUUCGAUCUUGCAGAUGGUACUCUUCGCACCCCUGGCGAUUUUCUUCAUCCAAGUGAUUGGCGAUGGCGAUCUCAGCAUCGACUAUUCUCUGGCCGCCAAAAGCGUCGGAGUCUUCCUCGGAAUCCCACUAGGCGCAGCCAUCAUAACCCGCGUGACCAUGGUCCUCAUAGCUGGUAAGGAAUGGUACGAGAAUAAAUUCCUGAAGUGGAUCGGUCCACUAUCAUUGAUCGGUCUCCUGUUUACCAUUCUGGUUCUCUUCGCCGCACAAGGUAGGCAGGUUGUGCAUCAGAUCGUGUCUGUGAUCCGAGUGGCGGCUCCGCUCAUCGUCUAUUUCUUCGUCAUCUUCCUGGCGACCAUUAUGGUGACGCGUCGUUGUGGCUUUGGGUAUCAGCUGUCUUGCACCCAGAGCUUUACCGCUGCCAGUAAUAACUUCGAGCUUGCAAUUGCAGUGGCCGUCGCGACAUUUGGUGUGAACAGUGAUCAGGCCCUUGCUGCAACGGUCGGGCCCCUGGUCGAGGUUCCUGUGCUUUUGGGUCUGGUGUACGUUGUCAAGUGGUUUGCAAGACGGCGGAAUUGGAGGGCGUAACCAUGUAAUGGCCAGAACAUCAAAGAUAUACUUGAUGUGCCGUAAUAGUAAUAGCAGCGACAGGUAACAUGGUAUCAGUCAUUGCUGAUUUCAUCCAACACCUGAAAAAGAAUAUGGUUUUGUACCCUACAUCCUUCUCC